GCGGCUGAGCUGUGCUGUGCUGGCUGGAAUUACGUUAAAUCUGCCGUCAGUUUGAAGCUACAGCAUUCUUGUCAAGUCAUUCGCAACAGAGUAUAGAUUUAACGGAAAUAAUUAACGAUUAGCGCGAGAAACCGAAUCCGCGAAUGGCAUUUUUAUAAGCUCUGGUGUGUAAAAUAUAAGGCAAAAGCUUCAUAGUUUGGACGCUGGCUAACUGGCUAAGUGAGCCGUCGGGAGACCCCAUCACACAAAGAUUGAAACGGCGAUUAAAGCCAUCAUCUAAUCUAUUUAAGAAGAUAACCAAUGUCACACACACACCAAUCCUCUAAAGCAGCGACGCUAAUGAACUGACAGAGUUUAUUUACAUUUCAUAUCUACGCUGUCCAGCACGCACACUGAAAAGGCCCAUCAUUGGAUCAGAGGACUAGUGCAUUCUCACGUGUGUCAGUGUGCAUGUGAUACACUGAUAAUUCCACAGAGUCAGAGAAGAAAGUGAAGGCAUGGCUCAAGGCACUCCCUUGAUACACUGGGCCUGAUAUACUCACACAUAAGACGACACUAAAGUAUCCCAAGGGAGAAGUUGAACUUCUGUUUUUUCAUUGUCUCCGCUUUGCCUUCCUACUCCCCCAAGUCCCACAUACUCACCUGAGUAUCCUGCUUUUUUUUUAUUUUGGAAUCGGUCAGCCUACCUGGAUCAAUUGCCUGGAGUAUUGGUGUGUGUGUGUGUGUGUGUGUGUGAGCGAGCUAAGCUCUGGUCUUUUUACCUCCCUUUUUUUUUUUUUUUUUUUUUUUUUUUUGGUUGUCUGCAAGCUCCAUCAAGAAAAUUGUUUUUGCUGGAUCAUUCCUCUGACUUUAAUCCUCUUGUUGUUGAAAAGAGUGAGAAUUUUGUCUAAUCAGCCAUGCAGGUGUAAGCUUGAAGUCUUGAAAGAUACUGGACUGUCUUUUAUAGCCAACAAUCACCUAUGCAACAGCAAUGCUUCGAGUCAGGAGAGUGACAUUUUUCAUUUCCUUACUUGAGGUGCAAUGUAGCACAUGUUGGUUAAAAUGAAGGAAAGACAUUUUUACAUUUUCUGAUAGUGUGGAUGGUGGGGGGGCAACUUCAACUGGUAACGGUUGUGACUGCCAACUAAUUAAUUUGCUAUCACUGCUACCUUCCAGACUGAACUACAACAAAACUGACAUCAAAAUCUACUUCCUCUUGUUCUCACUCCAUCAUUUUUACAUCUUUGGUAGUUUGUUUCUCAACUUUGGCCAUUCACAGCUGAUGACAACUCCAGCAAGUUAAUUAGCAGCUUAUGAAAUGUUAAUCGGACUACAUAACCAUACUCCAAAACACAUAGCGCAGAUAAUACAUUGUUUUAAUGUUCUUCAGCAGUUGCAAAAGGAUCAAACAAAUUAAGUAACAUUGCUCUUCUCUACCUCUCACACUGCAACACCAAAUCGUUGUCUUCAAGUCCAAUUUUUCAUCUGAUUUAAAAAAAAAAAUAAUGACUGCGCCACUUUUGACCAGUGUCAUUUUCAUUUAUUAAGCAGCUGUAAAAAUGUUAAUGUCUUUUUUUUUCUUUCAAAGCCAUUGAGCCAUAGUCAUAUACUUUUUUUAUGCAGUUAUUUUACUUUUUCUAAGCCAUUUGAGAUCAGGUAGUUCCUUUUUGCUUUCAGAUUAAUGUUUUUAAAGAACCAACCAAAAAACAUAUGACUAACUCAAACAAUUUGUAUCUUAUUUUUGCAAUGCUUUACCAUUUAUAUACAUUUUAAAAUAUUUUUAAGCCAGAGCCUCCAAUCCCAUCUUCACAUUUUAGAUCAAGAAUUUAUGAAAACACAAAUUUUUUUUCAGUUUACUUUGUACAUGUGAAAAAUAUUUUUAUUUCUACGUUUCCAUAUUUUGUGUCUAAGGAGGAUAAUUUGACUGCUUGAACUAUGCUUAUUUUGUGGCCUUUUUACAUAAUGCUGAAAGGGCAUCGACUUCUCCCUUAGUUUAUACGUUUGUGCUGCCACAAAAACACAAUUUACAAACUGAUAAUUUUUCGGGGCGUGCUGCCAUCCUGCUUCCUGGGUGAUGCCGAGCGGUAGCAUGAGUGGGGGCGUGUCUGGACCCACUUCCCAACCCCAACCCACUGUUCCAUCCAGACCCCUCCGGCCUAGUCGCUAUGUGCCAGUCUCUGCAGCAACGGCCUUCCUAGUUGGAGCAACCACACUCUUCUUCUGCUUCACAUGCCCUUGGCUUUCGGAGCAGUUUUCAGUUGCUGUGCCGAUAUACAAUGGCAUUAUAUUUCUGUUUGUGCUGGCCAACUUCUGUAUGGCCACCUUUAUGGAUCCCGGCAUCUUCCCUAGAGCUGAGGAGGAUGAGGAUAAAGAGGAUGAUUUCCGGGCUCCUCUCUAUAAGACGGUGGAGAUUCGAGGCAUUCAGGUUCGGAUGAAGUGGUGCUCCACCUGCCGUUUCUACAGACCCCCACGCUGCUCACACUGCUCCGUGUGCGACAACUGUGUGGAGGAUUUUGAUCACCACUGUCCAUGGGUUAAUAACUGUAUUGGCCGGAGAAACUACCGUUACUUCUUCCUGUUUCUACUCUCUCUGACGGUUCACAUCAUGGGCGUGUUCGGGUUCGGCCUACUCUUCAUUCUCUACCACACCCAGCAGCUGGACAGAGUCCAUUCAGCUGUCACUAUGGCUGUCAUGUGUGUAUCUGGGCUUUUCUUCAUCCCAGUAGCAGGCCUCACUGGUUUCCAUGUCGUCCUGGUGGCAAGAGGCAGGACCACCAAUGAGCAGGUGACCGGAAAAUUCAGGGGAGGCGUGAACCCCUUCACGAAUGGCUGCUUGAGGAACGUCUCGCAUGUUCUGUGCAGCUCACAGGCACCCAGGUAUCUGGGUAGAAAGAAGAAGGUUCAGACCGUGUCAGUUCAGCCUCCAUUCCUCCGGCCACAGCUCACUGAGGCUCAGCUGGCCGCCAAAGUGCUUGAUAAUGGAAUCCAUGGAGACCUACAUCGGUCUAAAAGCAGUUUGGAGAUGAUGGAGAGCCAGUCUGCUGAUGCGGAGCCUCCGCCUCCCCCUAAACCAGAGCUCAGAUACCCGGGACUGUCACAAGGACAUUCUGGACACUCUGAGGAGAGUAGUCUGUUAAAUAAAGCUCCACCCACCCCCACCAUGUUCAAGUACAGGCCUACAUACAGCAGCCCGGGCAAGAACCAUACUGCUCUUACACACGCCUAUGCCAACCAGAUGAGUCGUGGGGACAGUCUUAAAGAGUCCUCUUCCUCUCUCCUCCAGUCCAGUCAGCAGCCGGGUUAUCGCUCUGAGCCCAGUCUGGAUGGGCAUGAGGGGGGAGGAGUAGAGCGAAGUGGGGCAGAGCGAACAGGUGGUUGCCCUGGAGGACCUCCAGGCUCGGGGAUGCCUGGUUACGCCCUCGGAGGGCACUCGUAUCCCUCCUUCUCCGAUCAUAUGGUGAUUGCUGUAGGCUCCUCACGGUCCUCCAGUGUUCGCUCUUCCCACAAUGCCCCACCAUCUGAGGCCACCACCUCCACCAGCUACAAGAGCUUAGCCAAUCAGACGCCACCACCGGCUCCUCGUAACGGCAGCCUGUCGUACGAUAGUCUGCUUGCGCCCUCUGAAAGCCCAGAUUUCGAAAUGGCAGCACCAGAGCUGUCGCCAGGGCAUCCACGCACAGCAGUACUCGGAUACAGUUCACCCUUCCUAUCGGCUCAGAUCGCCCAGCAACGGGAAGCAGAGCUUCACCAGCCGUCUGCCUCCAGCACCGCCCUCCUCACCUCCCCGCAACAUGCCGCCUAUCUUCGUGGUUCCACCACCUCCCCGCCCCCUCCACCUGAGCGAGAGCGUGAGCGCCUGCUACACGAAUUGCAACCACACCAUCAUCACCACCAACGUCACCAUCAUCAUCAACAUCAUCCUCGGCCGCCCCGCUUCUCUCGGCCACCUUUGCUCUCUGACUCGGGCCACUCUCAGCCCCCCUAUCCGUACCGCACCCGCUCUACUGACACACCCCUGCCGAACACCACCCACCCCCUUCGUUCGUCACACCCCCCGCCGCUGGGGAAGUCUCUAUCUUAUUCUAGUGCUGCAGCUGCAGAGAUGCAGUACCGCCUGGUCCGCAAAGCCUCUGCCUCAAUUGGGGGAGGUGGCAUACAGGCACCAAAGGACGAAAUUCAGAUGAAGUCGUAUAGUAGGACAAACGGGCAGCCCAAAUCAUCUCUCCCUCAGUCUCCAUCUUCCACCCCCACAUCCCCCACACAUCCUGUCAGCGUGUCCACUCGCCCAGGUCAGGCCUAUUCCAGUGCCAGCUCUUUUCAGAGCCCCGGCCACAAGCCUGGAGGUGGGGUGAAGAAGGUAACUGGUGUCGGAGGGACCACUUACGAGAUAUCAGUGUGAGAGAUGAGCAGCUGUUUUGACCGGUCUUAAGUGAGCCUUGGACUUUUUCGCCCUCUUGGACACAGUAGAGUCUUGAUAUUGGAAGAGAAAAUCAAGUGUGUUGGACAUUUAUUGGUGCCCACAGAAGAUUUCUCUUCAAAAUUAAAGUUUUUAUUUUCAUUUUUAUUCCAAAAGGAAAUCAAUUGCUGACCAGCAGGUUUUGGUUAGAUGUGACAUUGAGGAGGAGGAGGAGGAGUAUGGCCUGUCCUAUACAAAAUCUAUAUAAGACUCCUCACCGGUAUGGAGUUGUAACACAUAAUCAGUGUGACGGAAAAGAACUGGAUUGCCUUCAAAACUUUUCAGUACGUCACAAAAGAAAAUUAUAUCCGGCAUAAAUGUGUACAUUGUUCUGUAUAGAGAAAAAAGUGGUGUCACUGUUUUUCACAGAGUGGAUUUGAUUUUUACACAAGGGACCUGUGGCAUGCAGAAGCCAUUUCAGACCACUGUGACUGGCAUGUGACAAUGUUGUGUCUAUCCAAUCUGUGCCAGAAACGCAAAACCAUAGUCAAUUUAAAGAAAUGGCCUAAUGCAUUAUUUAAAUAACAAAUGCCUUUUCGAUUGUUUUCAGAGCAACAGCCUUGGAAAUCAAGGAAGAACCAUUUUAUUUGUUAAAAAUGUUAUUUUAUAUGACUUUAUAAAUGGUUCUUGAUAAGAUCAAAAUAUAUUUUCUUUUAUUCUACAAAGGCUGAUGAUUUGUUCUUUGUGGAAUUUUAUCUAAUCAGAUGGGGGGAUGAAGAAUUGGAGGCUGGAAAACUGAUAAGACCAAGUAAAUCCUAGUCAUGUGAAGACAGUUACUCAGCAUUAAAAUGCAUUUGAGAAAGUGGAGCUCGAUCUGUGGGACAUAUUUCAGAGUUUCUUCAAAACAUUGAUUUUGUGCCUCUUAAUUUGUACUUCAUUUAAAAAGAUUGUGACAUUUUGCAAGACUUGACAAUUGACAAUUUCAACCAUUGUCUAACUUGUCGGGGGUGUUGAUCAAUGUUUAGAUCAGAGCUGGCUGAUUCAAAAGCCAAUGAAUACCCUCUCAGAAAGAUUAUAUGAAUAUUUAGGAUUAAAAAAAUGGACUGAGAGGAGGGAAAGAAAAUAAAGUGUACUGUAUAGUUCAGUGUGAGUGACCAUGGUUGUGGAUAUAUGUAUGCGUGAGUUUGUGUGGUUGAGCAUUGGUAAUAAACUCUUUUUAAAUCAA